UUUUCUCGUAUUCGUUUUCACCUUAUUUGAGCUUUUUCCUUUCCUUCGCUUCUCAGCUUUUAUGUUUUCGCCGCACAUUGUUCGCGUUUGCCCCCACCUUUGAAUUGAAAGACGAAGAUGCCCAUUUCCCACCAGCAGUAAUCACGGGGAGGAUCGCCCUCUUCAUUUUCCUCACUUUCACUGUUGUCACUGUGCCUUCGUUCCAUCACAGGGCUUCUUUGCUUUACUGGUUUGCAUCCCAGCAAUUCAAUCCUGUGUUCAGGUUUCAUCAUUUAUAGUGUAUCAGCACACUAAGAAAGGAAAUUGUGCUUCUUGUUAAUAUGGUCCUGGGAAUAAGAUCAAAGAGUAGAAAAACUGUCUCAAUCCAAGUGCACUACAUCAUCCAUGUUCACGAGAUCAGACCCUGGCCUCCUUCUAAGUCACUGAGAUCUGCUCAAUCAGUUGUUCUGCAAUGGGAAAAUGGUGAUAAAAAUUCAGGGUCUUUUGCUUGUAGUUCAAAAGAUGGGAAAAUUGAGAUCAACGAGUCUUUCAGGCUUCCAUUACUUUUAUUGAGAGAGUCAUCCAAAAGAGGCAAACACCAUGACGCUUUUCAGAAGAAUUGCUUAGACUUUUACUUGUAUGAACGCCAAAAUGACAAGACAGCCAAAAGUCAACUCUUGGGAUCAGCCACAAUAAACAUAGCGGAUUUUGGAGUUAUUAAGGAAAUUACCACCAUACAAACACAGGUGAACUGCAAGAAGAGUUUCAGGGGCUUAGCACAGCCAUUCCUUUAUAUUAACAUUCAGCCGGUUGAUGUAGAGGGUUCUGACUCAUCACCGAAGAGCAGUGUGUCAAAAGAAGUGUCGCUAGACAAGGAAGAAAAUGAAUCUGCGACACAGUCUGUCAAUGAUGAGGAUUUUGAAAUUGCCUCUUUUACUGAUGAUGAGAUUGAUGAUAUUUCUUCAAAUACCUCACAAACUGUCAAAUCUGCUUCUGAGACUACAGGAGAUAAGGUGGAAAUUAGCAAAGUGGGAACAACAGGAUCAACUCAGGAAUCCGUUGAACCCAUGGAGACAUCUUCUGCUGGUUCACAUAUAGAAGUUGAGACUGGGACAUCAUUGCACUCAUCGUCUCUGGUUUUGUCCUCAGAUAACAGCAACACUUCAUGUGAUGGGACUUCUUCACCAAACUUUCCUGAGGAUCAUGCCAAGGUUGCUCAUGCAAGUUCUCGAAUUCUGGAAUCUGCUAACUCAAACAUACAAGCAGAGGCUGGAGCAUCCAAAAGAUUCAAUAGAAUUAAAUUACCCUUACCAUCUGAGGCCUUGUCCUCAGAUACUAGCAAUGCCACAUAUAAUAGACCUUCACCAAAAUUUUCUGAGGAUCAUGUCAAGGUUGGUGAUGUAAGUUCUAAGAUUCCAGACUUUUCUAGCUCAUAUGUUAAAGAAGAGGCUGGAGCGUCCAAACAAUUAAAUAGAAUCAAGUUACACUCGCCAUCUAUGGUCUUGUCCUCAAACACUAGCAAUGCUACAUAUGAUAGGUAUUCUUCGCCUAAAUUUCCUGAGGAAUGUGUGGAGGUUGCUGAUGCAAGUUCUAAAAUUCCAGAAAGCACUCAACAAUCCAACAGGCAAAAUAUUUCCAAGGGUGCCAUGGUCAAAAGCUUAUCUUCUGCAUCAUACAUUAUGCAAUCAAACAUCCAAAGCUAUUCUCGAUCUCAAGAUAAGGAACUUCUUCAGAAUCCAUCUGAAGAUGAUUAUGCAAGAAAUGGAAAAAUUGCAGGUCCUACACGACCACUGAGUAGGAAAGCACGUGAACAGCCCAGAAAAGUUUUGAUUAAUGAUAAACCAGAGGAUUUGACAUCUCUUAAAUUGCCUUUAGACACUUCUCAGAACUAUGGUUUACUUGGUAAGAAUCGAGCCCCAGAAAAGGCAGAGGAAAAUAAUACUCUGAAUGAUGAUCAUGUUGAUGCUGCUUGUCAUGAAGGUUCUAAUACAAAUGACAGCUUAAACGAUAAUGAAACCAAACUGAAGUCUGAAGUUCAAAUGCUACGAGAAGAGCUGAGGGAAGCUGCUGCUCUUGAAAUUUCACUUUACUCUGUUGUUGCUGAUCAUGGCAGCUCAGCAAACAAGGUCCAUGCUCCUGCUCGGCGCAUUUCUAGAUUCUAUUUACAUGCUUUCAGAGUUGGAUCACCAGCUUCCAGAGCUAAUGCAGCCCAAAGUGCCGUUUCAGGAUUUGUCUUGGUUUCUAAAGCUUGUGGAAAUGAUGUCCCGAGGUUGACCUUCUGGCUCUCGAAUUUAAUUUUGUUGAGAGCAAUUGUAAGCAAAGGAGUUGAAAAGAUACAACUUGAUGACAGUCUGUGCAUCAAUAGUGAUAGAAAUGGAUCAGUUAAUGGAAGCUGGCUGAAGAGGUCACCUUCUUGUGAUGGAGAAAAAGAAAAUGCAGUCAAAUAUUUUCAUAGUUGGGAGGAUCCACAAACAUUUUUAUUUGCAUUGGAAAAGAUUGAAGCUUGGAUAUUCUCGCGAAUUGUUGAGUCUGUGUGGUGGCAGACUCUCACUCCACAUAUGCAGUCUGCUGCUGCUAAGAGCUCCAGUUCAAGGAAAGUCUAUGGAAGAAGACAUAGUUUAGGUGACCAAGAGCAAGGAAGCUUCUCCAUUGACUUAUGGAAAAGAUCUUUCAAGGAUGCCUGUGAAAGACUUUGCCCUCUUCGAGCUGGAGGCCAUGGUUGUGGCUGUUUGCCUGUGAUAGCUAGAUUGGUGAUGGAGCAGCUUGUAAAUCGACUUGAUGUGGCAAUGUUUAAUGCUAUUCUCCGUGAAUCAGCUGAAGAGAUGCCAACUGAUCCUAUAUCUGACCCCAUUAGUGAUUCAAGGGUUCUCCCUAUUCCUGCAGGAAAAUCAGGCUUCGGGGCUGGCGCACAACUAAAAAAUGCUAUUGGGAACUGGUCAAGAUGGCUCUCAGAUUUAUUUGAUAUUGAUGAUAGUGACUCUCCUGAAAAUCGGAAUGAAGAUGCUGGCAACGGGAGCCCAGAGUGUGAGACAUCCUUCAAGGCUUUCCAUCUCCUUAAUUCACUGAGUGAUCUAAUGAUGCUUCCAUUCGAAAUGCUUGCUGACGUGUCUCAAAGAAAAGAGGUAUGCCCUACAUUUGGCGUACCAUUGAUAAAGAGGGCUCUCAACAAUUUUGUCCCAGACGAGUUCUGCCCGGGGCCCAUCCCUGAUGCUGUUCUUGAGAGCCUGAAUACUGAGGAUAUUGAGGACGACGAAGGUUCUAUCACCAGCAUUCCACAUAUCGCUGCCCCUACAUCCUAUGCACCACCUCCGGCAACCUCUGUUUCAGGCAUAACACAAGAAAUGGGCACCCAAUCUCUACGAAGAAGUGGAUCGUCAGUGGUUAAAAAAUCCUACACUAGUGAUGAUGAGCUUGAUGAUUUAGACUCACCCCUAUCUGCUAUUGGGAUUGAUGAACAUUCAUUUGUAUCCAACAAGUUUCCAGUAGUAAAUGAAGGUCGUAAUUUUGUUAGAUAUGAGCUUCUGCGAGAAGUAUGGAGGGACAGUGAAUGAUGACCCAUUCCUAUGUGACUUGUUUUUUUUUUUUUCGGUGGUAGAUCCUAUGUGACUUGUUUUGUUUGCCUCUUGUGUAUAUAUACUAUUUGCAUAUCUUCCAAUAUCAUUUUCAGUCAUUUGUUGCAAAAAAAAAAAAAAAAAAA